AAUCGAGGUCAUCUUCCUCCUAGCCCAACCCCACCGUUAAUGCCGUGCGCUGCCAUGGCAAAGUUCUUCACGGCUUAGCCGCUUAAUCCGAUGAUCAGCCCAGCCUUAAUCAAAGACGAAGUUUCGCGGAAGGUACCCUAGCCAAGGCUUGUGUGGGAUUCGGGUAUAAAAGGUGGAUGCACUUGUAAGGAGUGGAAUGGUUAUUGGACUAGGGUCUGGUCAGGCUUCUGGUAUGGCUAUACAAUAUUUGGGUCAGCAACUUUGUGAAGGUUAUUUAAAAGACAUAAUAGGGGUACCUACAUUGGUUUUGCAUUUGAUGACGUUGAUAUCAUAGAGGAAGGAACACUAAUUGCAGUCAUUGGGCACCAAAGAUUGCAAGGUGAGGAGUCCAUAAUCCAAGAGAAGGAUUGAAGGACUUGUUCUCCUUCUUGUUGGAAGGAUUGAAGUAUCUAUUCUUUACACAUGGUUCCAUUUUUCUACCAAAAAAGAAGAAAAAAGGAUAAAAAACCCUGCCACGUCUCAGCACCCAAUUAUUGACAUGUCACUUCUGUUUAAAGGUAUAGAAGUCCUUGAAAUGCAGAUUCUAAAUUUAUCAGCCUUGUGUUCUAGGGAGAGAUCUUGAAUGGGCCAGGCAGCCCAACUCAACCCAUUUCAUGACCUGCCAGCUAUGGAUACAAAAGUAUGGUUCAUUUUUCUACAAUUUAUUCCUGGGGAAUUCAGCCACAGCAAAAUUAAGAAGGAAAUCUUCCAAGAAAAUCAUCCGUCACAUAUUGGAGGUAAGGGCCAUAUGUUUCUGAAUAUGGCUAUAUGAGCUUGUCUUUGUUGAUCCAGCAAUUUAUCUCAUGAUUUGCCCUAUAGUUUAUUUCUAUGUUUGCUGAUUGAGUCUUUUGUGUUUCUUGCUUCUGAUUAGUGGAGAUCUCUGCUUAUGCAACAUUUCUUAGGUAUUCUAUUUUUUAAGAUGAAUUGUUGAGAGGAGAAAGGAAAUCAAGAUAAAUAACAACA